GUGUGAGGCAAGGCAAGGCAGUUAAGAUACGGUAUGGUACAUGAAGACAUGCUCCUAACUGCAGCUUAUGUGUGACCGAGGCAUUGUGGGAGAUUUUGUCGACAUAUACCUACAAACAUAUCGUCACUGCCUCAUUGCAGAACGAACCAGUUCAACCCCCACCGAUGUGAAGUGGGAUAUGAUGAUGAUGACCCAAGCUUCUUCCUUUCCUCUUGACAAGUCUUCUUUCUGCACUGCUUUCCACAUCUUCCCCGUCAUUCGUUCUUCCGUUCACUCUUCCAUUUUGGUCUCGCCGGAGAGCCAAAUGGUCAGGAAGAUCUCCUCUUAUACAUUCCUUCAACUGUCAACAACACAGGACCGCUGGUACAUACGGCAACAGCCUCACCAAACCUAUACAAAACAUCACCAUAUUGUCAACAUGGCACUUGAAGUCGAGAGAGAGAGUGGAAUUGUUCGAUUGCGAGUCAAUUGCAUGGUCAUGUCUGACCAUCCCAAUGACCCAUGUUUCAUGCUAUGGCAUAACAGAACCUUUUCAGCAAGCGUUGCCAUAGUCCAGACUCCUUUUUGCUCUCCUAUGCCCUUCUUUCAAGCCCCCCCCCAGAAAUGCGUCGUCCUUUCUCUCCCCAAGGACAAAUUCGCAUGCAACAAAUCCGGCCUCGCAUACCAUAUUACCACAUGCUCAGAAAAAUGUCGUUACAGUAUAGCAUGAUUCGGGUCCGCGUAUCGAGAACCAUCUUGAGAAGUCAUCCGCCGUAAAAUCGUUCCGCGCAAGGUACCGUUUGUUGCGGACGAUGAAACAAAAUGCGUUAAACCGAGAAGAAUAUCAAGAUCGAAAAGGGGAGAAAGCGGAGGAGACCGGAGGGUUGUGUUUGUUUUUUGCGUCAAUCAGCAACGGCAC